GCUGUAGUCCGUCCCCGCGCCGCUCCCGCCAUCCCCUGCCGCCGGAGGGCUGCGCGGCCUGGCGUGGAGCGGAGCGCGGCCGAGGCGCACGGCGGAGAUGAACGCGGUGCUCGCCGUCAAGCAGUACGUGUCGAAAAUGAUCGAGGACAGUGGGCCGGGCAUGAAGGUGCUCCUGAUGGACCGGGAGACGCCCGGCGCGGUCAGCAUGGUGUACACGCAGUCCGAGAUCCUGCAGAAGGAGGUUUACCUCUUCGAGCGCAUCGACUCCCCCGGCAGGGAGCCCAUGAAGCACCUGAAGGCUGUCUGCUUCCUGCGGCCCACCAAGGAGAACGUGGACUGCCUCAUCCAGGAGCUGCGGAGGCCGAAGUACAGCAUCUAUUACAUCUAUUUCAGUAAUGUGAUCAGUAAGAGUGAUAUCAAGGCAUUAGCUGAGGCUGAUGAACAGGAAGUUGUGGCAGAAAUUCAGGAGUUCUAUGGAGAUUACAUUGCAGUGAAUCCACAUGUUUUUUCUCUCAACCUCUUGGGCUGCUGCCAGGGUCGCAACUGGGAUCCAGCCCAGCUGUCCAGAACAACUCAAGGGCUGACUGCUCUGCUUUUGUCCCUGAAGAAAUGCCCCAUGAUUCGAUACCAACUCUCUUCUGAGCUAGCGAAGAGACUUGCUGAAUGUGUGAAGCAAGUAAUCACUAAAGAGUAUGAGCUGUUUGACUUUCGUCGCACUGAGGUUCCUCCUUUGCUCCUUAUUCUGGACCGCUCAGACGAUGCGAUCACCCCACUUCUGAACCAGUGGACGUAUCAGGCUAUGGUUCAUGAAUUACUGGGGAUCAACAACAACCGCGUUGACCUCUCGCGUGUGCCAGGCAUCAGUAAGGAUCUCCGAGAGGUGGUCCUGUCUGCUGAGAACGACGAGUUCUACGCCAAUAACAUGUACCUGAACUUUGCAGAGAUUGGCAGUAACAUCAAGAAUCUUAUGGAGGAUUUCCAGAAGAGGAAACCUAAGGAGCAGCAGAAGCUGGAAUCCAUAGCAGAUAUGAAGGCAUUUGUGGAAAACUACCCGCAGUUCAAGAAGAUGUCAGGCACAGUGUCAAAGCACGUGACGGUGGUAGGAGAGCUCUCUCGACUGGUCGGUGAGCGCAACCUGCUGGAGGUGUCUGAGGUGGAGCAGGAGCUGGCCUGUCACAAUGACCAUUCCAAUGCCCUCCAGAAUGUGCGGCGCCUCCUGCAGAACCCCAAGGUGACAGAGCUCGACGCUGCCCGGCUGGUGAUGCUCUAUGCCCUGCACUACGAGCGGCACAGCAGCAACAGCCUGCCGGGGCUGAUGGCAGAUCUCAAGAAUAGGGGUGUUUCUGAGAGAUAUCGAAAGCUAGUGUCUGCUGUUGUGGAAUAUGGAGGGAAACGGGUCCGGGGCAGUGACCUGUUCAGUCCCAAGGAUGCUGUAGCCAUCACAAAACAGUUCCUCAAAGGACUGAAGGGUGUUGAGAAUGUGUAUACACAACACCAGCCUCUCCUUCAAGAAACACUGGAUCAACUCAUCAAAGGAAAACUGAAGGACAGCCAGUACCCCUACUUGGGUCCCAACACCCUCCGUGACAGGCCCCAAGAUAUUAUUGUUUUCAUCAUUGGAGGGGCGACUUACGAGGAGGCACUGACUGUGUACAACCUGAAUCGCACCAACCCAGGCAUCAGGGUCGUCCUCGGCGGGACCACCAUCCACAACACCAGGAGCUUCCUCGAGGAGGUUACAGCUUCAGGUUUCCGCGGCCGAAGCACCGAGAGCUCCCAUGUUGCACCGAGGCCAAGCAGCAGGCGGUGAAGCUCGGGGCAAUUCCUGCCUCCCCCAUCCUCUGUGCUGGCGUUGGUGCCUGCGUGGAGGAACGUGCCCCAGACUGCAGCAGUCACGCCGUCUCCACUCUGACAUGGGACACUCAGAACAUCCCUCUGCAAACACUGCGUGUCUGCCGCAAUGCUGCCCCGAAGCUCUGCUCUGCCGAUGUGUCCAGACACACGUGAGUCCCCUAAGGAACAUCUAGUGACAUGGCCCAGACCUUCAUGUGCAUCUCUGGAAGGUGAAGCUGAUGGGCACUGUUCUGCUCAGUUGUCUGUAUAUUUUGAAUCCUAUUAAAUAACCCAUUUUGGCUGAACCUCUUUUCUAUCAAAGAGUGCCACUCCAUGCUUCAUCUUCUCCAUUAACUUCCCUUUACUGUAAGAAAACUGCACCACUCGGUGCCCCUUUCCUCACUCCCAUGUUCUGAAAAAGUGUUGUAAUUUCUAUUUAACAAUAAAAAUUGCUCUUGCAGUAA